AUGACCUCCAACGAGCAGUACUUCCCACAUCCCCGCCGCAUCGUCACCGGACAUACCUUGGACGGCGCCAGCACUGUGCUCAAAGACAGCGAGAUUCCCUGCCUGCCAACUCCAAUCAAGUGCAAUUUCGCCGUGCUCUACGAGACACAUAAGUUCCCAGCAUCGAACGACGAGCCUUUCGUGGAUCCUGCCGAAGCACGAACCGCUAGUCUUGCCAACGAUUCUGGCGUGGUGCUGAGAGUGGUGGACUUCCCACCCAGGACGGAGACGUUAUAUCACCGGACGGUCAGCCUCGACUUUGGGAUUUUGUUUGAGGGGGAGAUCGAUUGUCACCUUGACAAUGGUGAGGUCGUUCACAUGAAGGCUGGUGAUGUAUGUGUUCAGCGAGGCACGAUACAUGGUUGGACAAAUCCGCACGAUAAGCCUGCGAGAGUCUACUUCAUCUUGACAGCGGCAGAGCCGAUCAAGAUUGACGGCAAGCCGUUGGGCAAUGCUGGAUUCAAGCAUAGUGAGGUUGAAAGUGGGGGCAAACAAGAGUCAUGA